AUGAGGAUUGCGUUCAGGCCCAUCGACACGUGGCCGUGGCUCCUGUACAAGAAGAGAGCCGGGAUUGUGCAGUACGUGAAACUCGCGGCUGUUAUGGCUCGGGCGUUUAGACAGUCGGAAAUGUGGCCCGCGAGAAUUCCCCCGAUAACCCCUCCCAAGUCGAAGAGCGUCGAUAGGAACGUGUACGCCACCAAUUUCGAGAAGAAAAGGCACAACGAAAACGAGGCGACUCCAGGUAUCCUCCACGCCUCUAAAAACCCGACAGUGUCCACGUCAUCCGAAUUUGACCUCAAAAGAGACUUCUUCGGUGACGACAUCAACAAAUCAUCUUCCUCGUCCAAGCCGGCCCCAACCGACUCGGGACUAACGGGCAAGAAAAAGUAG